CAGUCUGGAUGGUUCGCGGACCUCCACUCCACGACCCGAACGUUCGGGAGAAGGCAAAUUCCAGACACCACACAGGACACAGCGCAUUCGGCUAAUUUCCUCGUCUCUCCCCAAUCCGACCACCCCCAUCCAUUCACCAACCCGAAAUAGAAGGCCGUCCCCAGCCACCAGCCUCCGGAGUUCCUCCGGCGAUCCCCGUCCCCUUGUGUGCGCGCUCCAGGAGGGCCUUCUGCCUCCAGGUAACGAUACGAUGCUUGCAGAGCCCACCUAAUUGCUGCGAGAUGGAUAGAGGGCAGAACGGGAGGGAUGACGUCUUCGGACGCAGGGAUCCAUUUUCUGGGUUUGGCUUCGGCCCCCACAGGAGCUUGUUUUCUGGUCUCCUUGGGGGGAGGGAUCCAUUUGACGAUCCGUUCUUUACCCAUCCGUUCGGGGGUCGGAUGAUGGGUGACCAUGACAUGUUUGUACCUAGUCCUUUUGGGCCGAUGGGAGGGCCUUUUGGGGACAUGAGGAACGGUGGGUUUAUCGAGCAAGCUCCUCCUAGGGGUAACAGAAGAAGGCCUGUGAUCACAGAGGUCGAGGAGGAUGGUGGAGAGAACGCAGAGCAUGGUAACCAGCAGCCUAACCAAGAUCCUUAUGUUCAGGAGCCAGACGAUGGGAUUGAUGAGACAGAAGGUGGCCAAGUCGAGCUGCACAGGGAUCUCAGUAGGGCUAAUAGUGGAGGGCAGCCGCAGGCUCGUACUUUCACAUAUCAGAGCUCUUCCGUGACGUUUGGUGGUAUUAAUGGAGCUUACUACACCACUUCAAAGUCUCGGCGGACUGGUAGUGACGGGAUCACUGUGGAAGAAAGCAAGGAAGCUGAUACAACAACUAAAGAGGCUACUCAUAGAAUCUCCCGUGGAAUCCAUGACAAGGGACAUUCCCUGACAAGGAAACUGAAUUCGGAUGGGAAGGUUGACACCACACAGACACUGCACAACCUGAAUGAAGAUGAACUAGCUGGAUUUGAGCAAUCAUGGAAGGGGAAUGCUGGACAUUACUUGCCUGACUGGAACCACAAUGCUGGUGCACCUAAUAGCGAUAAUUCUGGUGACCGUAGCUCCAAUGGACGUGACCGGCGAUCGGCCUCAGGCUGGGCGCUUCCUGGGACCGAGCAAGGCCGUGAUCCGAGGCGCAACGGGAAGCCAAAAUCACGGGUCAUCCCUAUCUCCUGAAGAGCAUGGACGGAGUAGAUAUAUAGAGUAGAUAAAUAAACAGCUGGUUUGUACUACUAUGCAAGGUUUAGGUUCAAGAUCGUUUCAAGGAAACGACCUGAGGUCCAGGUAACCGGAGUCCGCCCAGCACCUCGCGUGCUAUUGUCUGAUUCUGUAGCUGUACAGUGCUCUGCUACCUUAUUAUCCGUGAUGUGAAACAAUUUGUGUCGUCCAGUCUUGCUGUAAAAUCAUCAUCGCGUAUAUUGUAAACCUGAGUCGGUAUGUCUGAGUUGGCUUUGCUGUGUUGUUGCUA